CCAGGCCGGGCUGGGCGCGUUGAUGAUGUGGGAAGAGACUGGCGUCGGGCUGCAGGCUGUAUACGCGGGUUAAAGUGCGGGUUUGUCGUCGAGGAAAGUAAACCGGUGGAGUUGGUCGGUGGCACGGUGUCUCCUGCCGGCUUUAUGUUGAGCCAUGAUUCGCUGGAUACGGCAGCAGCUGGGAUUUGACCCACCACAUCAGAGUCCCACAAGGACAAUAUAUGUUUCCAAUCACUUCCCUCAGCACACUCAUUUUGUUCACCAGAAGUUUCCAGACAACAAGAUAAUAUCAUCCAAGUACACAAUUUGGAAUUUUAUCCCUAAAAAUUUAUUUGAACAAUUCAGAAGAAUAGCCAAUUUCUACUUUCUUGUAAUUUUUCUUGUACAAUUAAUGAUAGAUACUCCAACAAGUCCCUUCACCAGUGGUCUGCCAUUGUUCUUUGUAAUUACAGUAACUGCAAUUAAACAGGGUUAUGAAGAUUGGUUACGGCAUAAAGCAGACAAUGAAGUAAAUAACACCCCUGUGUAUGUAAUUCGGAGUGGUAGACUUGUCCAGACAAGAUCACAAAACAUAAGGGUUGGUGAUAUCGUCAAAAUAGAAAAAGAUCAAACCUUUCCAACAGAUUUAGUGCUGCUGUCAUCUGACCGAGCAAAUGGGACAUGCUACGUCACUACAGCAAGUUUGGAUGGAGAAACUAAUCUGAAGACCCAUCGUGCAAUUCCAGAAAUAGCAAAGUUGCAGUCGGUUUUUCAACUGGACCAACUGAGGGCUGUUAUAACCUGUCACCAACCUGAGCCAGAUUUAUAUAGAUUUGUUGGUCAGAUAUUAAUAAAAGGAACACAAGGUGACAUAGUGAGGCCUCUGGGACCAGAAAACCUUCUACUUAAAGGAGCAAGUUUGAAAAAUACCAGCCAAGUUUUUGGUGUGGCUGUUUACACAGGAAUGGAUGCUAAAAUAGCGUUGAAUUACAAGAGUAAAUCACAAAAACGUUCCUCUGUGGAAAAGUCCAUGAACACCUUUCUUAUAGUCUUCCUGGGAAUUCUUGUGAUUGAAGCAGUUAUCAGCACUAUCUUGAAAUAUAGUUUGUUGUAUGAAUCACCAUAUAAUGAAAGAACUGUACAGGAAAAAAACAGCAGCAAAAUUUUGACAGGGAUAUCUGAUUUCUUGGCUUUCAUGGUGCUAUACAAUUACAUCAUUCCAAUCUCACUUUAUGUUACCGUUGAGAUGCAAAAAUUCUUGGGAUCCUUUUUCAUUGUGUGGGAUCUUGAUUUAUACCAUGAAUUUUCCGGUCAGCGGGCACAGGUUAAUACCUCUGACCUUAAUGAAGAACUUGGACAGGUGGAGUAUGUAUUGACAGACAAAACUGGAACACUGACUGAAAAUGAAAUGAAAUUCAGGGAAUGCUCUAUUAAUGGCAUUAAGUACAAAUAUAUGAAUGGCAGUUUGGUCCCUGAAGGAGUGACUGGAGAAAUUAACAGACAAACUUUUACUAAUGAAGAGGUGCUAUUCUUGAAGGCAAUAUCCCUGUGCCACACAGUGCAUAUUAGUGACUUGGAAGAGAUGCACAGAUCUACUUCAAAGCGUGUUGUUACUGAUUUAUCCAAAAUACAAUACUAUGCUGCCUCACCAGAUGAGAAGGCUUUGGUGGAAGCUGCCAGAAGGAUCGGAGUUGCAUUUGCAGGAUCUGAUGACAAUAGUGUAAUACUUAGCACAUUUGGAAAGACUGAAAGAUACAAACUACUUGAUGUUUUAGAGUUUGAUGCAGAUCGCAGGCGAAUGAGUGUGAUUGUUGAAUCACCAGAAGGAAAACUGGUAAUGUUCACUAAAGGGGCAGAAUCCUCCAUCAUUCCGUUAGUAAAAUCAGGGGCAGUAUCUGUGAUGAAUGCACAUGUGGAUGAACUUGCUAUGAAAGGAUUACGAACGCUCUGUAUAGCCUGCAAAUUUCUAUCCAAGCAACAGUAUAAAGAAAUAGAAUCUCAGCUGCUCGCAGCCAGGACAUCUCUGCACCAUCGUGAGCAAGUUGUAGCAGAUACUUUCAAUAUUAUUGAGAAAGACCUCCACCUGCUGGGAAUUUCUGGAAUAGAGGACAAGUUGCAAGACAAAGUACCUGAAACAAUUGAGGCUCUUAAAUUAGCAGGCAUCAAAGUGUGGGUUCUUACAGGUGAUAAACAAGAAACUGCAAUUAGUGUGUGUUUAUCCAGUGGGCACUUUCACAAGACAAUGAAUAUUUUGGAGCUUACUAAUCAGAAAUCUGACAUUGAAUGUGCUGAGCAGCUUCGCAGGCUUGUUAUCAGAGUGAAACAUGAUCACGUGGUGCAACAUGGCUUAGUUGUAGAUGGAAGCAGCCUUUCACUUGCACUCAGAGGACAUGAAGAUUUGUUCAUGGAAAUUAGCAAAAGCUGCAGUGCUGUGUUAUGUUGUCGAAUGGCACCACUACAAAAAGCAAAAGUAGUCAGACUUUUGAAAACGUUGCCAACCAAGCCAAUUACUUUGGCAAUUGGUGAUGGUGCAAAUGAUGUCAGCAUGAUACUGGAAGCAAAUAUUGGUAUAGGAAUCAUGGGUAAAGAAGGCCGACAAGCAGUGAGAAACAGUGAUUAUGCCAUAGCAAGAUUCUGCUUCCUCACUAAAUUACUUUUUGUCCAUGGUCAUUUCUAUUAUAUUAGAAUAUCACAUCUUGUACAAUACUUUUUUUAUAAGAAUGUCUGUUUUAUCACGCCUCAGUUUUUAUACCAGUUCUUCUGUAUGUUUUCACAACAGACGUUGUAUGACGGUGCUUAUUUGACGUUGUACAACAUUUGCUUCACUUCCUUACCCAUCCUCAUGUACAGUUUGUUUGAACAAGAUGUGCAUCCUCGGGUACUACAGAGCAAGCCAUCAUUGUACAAGGAGAUUAGCAAAAAUGAGGUUUUGUCUCUGAGAAGAUUUCUGUAUUGGACUCUACUAGGAUUUUGUCAUGCCUUUAUAUUUUUCUUCGGUGCUUAUCUUCUGAGGGGAAGAGAAGAUAUCUCCAUGAUGGGAAAUGGUCAGAUGUUUGGAAAUUGGGCAUUUGGCUUUCUCGUCUUCACAGUUAUGUUUAUAACUGUUACAUUAAAGCUUGGAGUAGAGACUCAUUACUGGACCUGGAUAAACCAUUUUGUUGUGUGGGGUUCAAUAAUUUUUUACUUUGUGUUCUCUUUGGUUUAUGGAGCAGCACUUUGGCCAUUUUUGCAAUUACAAAGCAUGUAUGCAGUCUUCAGUCAUUUGUUGUCCAGUGCUUCAGUCUGGCUUGGCAUUAUCGUCAUAGUAGUUACCUGUUUGUUUCCUGAUGUCCUAAGGAAAGUAUUUUGGAGACAUACACGACCUACUUUGGCACAAAGAUCACAGAUGUACAACAACAAAAUUGCUUUAGGGGAUGACAGAAUCGCUCUACAGCCAUUGGCAAGGGCCAGGAAUCAACUGAGCAAGAUUAGUUCUUGGAGACCAAAUCUGGUGUCACCUGCAUGGAAUCACUUUGCUGUUACUCAAGCGGAGAAACAGGAUGUUCACCUUUUAGAAGAGUAUUAGACCAAAUAAUGGGAAGAUGCAAUUCCUUGCGAGUCAACAGAUCUUGGAGUGACUUGGAUCCCUACUGCACGAAUGACACAACCAUUUUGGCACUCUCGUCAAUGGAUGGCCCUUCACAUGCAUCAAGGAUUUAAUGGUUGAGUGAAGGCAUGGUGGAUGCUAUGUCUUUCUAGAGUUUUUGAUUUUCAGUUCCAAUUUUUACCUCUGAGUCAAAGGGGAGAAUAAAAAUAUUUAUGUGAAUAUCUGCCCUUGGCCACCAUACAUUUAUGUUUAUUUGCAUGAAUGCCCUAUUUUCACUCAAAUAAGGUACGGCAUUUUAGAAGAAGCAAGGACCCUAAUGACAAUAAAGAUUGUAAUUUAUUUGUAAAUAGUUGUAACUUACCAUAUUUUCCUCUUUUUACAAAUGAUCUAUUUCUGAAGCUAUAUUUUUCUAUUUUUGCUUUCUCAGACAGAGAAUGGGAUAACAACUUUCAUAUGGUACAUCCACUUUUGGACUCGAUCUGCACUAAUGUUAAAUUAAUUUUUUUGACAUGCAAGGUAGCUAUUUAGACAAACAAGUAACUUCAAGGAAAUGGAAUUUCAUGCAUCUGACAUUCUUGUAAACCUCAAUCUGGUAGUACCUUCUCCAUUCUAAUUGCUCUCCCUGUUGCAUAUCGCAGUCAGUAAUUAACUGAAUGGUUAACCCAUGUUUUGCGAUGGAGAUGUAUUAGGAGGCAACACAGUGGUACAGUAAAAGAAAAAGGUGACAUCUUGCAAUAUAUUUUUAAGAGAUGUUGAUCAACUUUUUAAAUUUAAAAGUUUUUUUUAAAAAUGGGCUUUUCAAAACUGGACAUGUAAGUGAUGGCCGGGAAGUUGCAAUUCGGGAAGAAGUUAAAAUGAAUGAAUGGAAAAUCAGAAUGGUGACUGUAGAAGUGAUCUGUCAGAUAGCUCUGGAGUUUGCCUAAGCUUCAAGUACUUGGUGAUUGCAUUCUAUGGGAGAUUUGGAUACGUUAAAGUACAGGGACAGAUUAGGAAACUAAUUCACUAUUUGGAUUUCUAAGUGUUGGUUCAAGUUACUAAGGGUAAGAGGUGUAUCUUCUGAGUUUCUUCUGGUUAGAAUAUUUUAGCCUCUGAAACUUGUUCUCUGCUCUUAUAUAGAAUAUAAAUUUCUAGAUAAAUCAACCCUUAGUCAUCUACAAACAUCAGUUUAAUUUUUGCAUCACACAGAUUUCAGUGAUUUUUAUAUAAGAUUACAUUACUUGUAUAAACAAGUUAGUAUUGCCAACUGUAAUGAAUGCAAUUGCAUGUCUCAAACUUGGCAAUUGCCAAGCUAAUUUGUAAACAAUGUAUAUCUGUUUUUGGAGAACAGUGUACAGUAUUGCUCAAACUAAGUAAUGAACACCAGCUAUACUGAACUAUUGUCACAGCAAGUAAUUGGUAUUCAAAAAAAGGCAUAUUAUUCUCCAAGUAAUGUAUAUUGAUAAAAUGAAAUUCCAUUCUCAUUUGGUUUAUCACUUGAGUUUCUCUGCAGGGGUUCAAACUUUAUACAGGUUGAGUAUCCCUUAAUGAAAAUGUGUGCACAGGACAACAAAAGCAGCACUGGGAGAAUACCGGAUUCAACUGUUGAACAACUACAGACAACCCAGACUUUGUCUCCAGCUACGUUGCCAUGUUUUGAUUAAAAGGUUACAGCACACUAUAUUUGUAUUUUACUUUUUUUUCUUGUAAGGUUUAAAGACAAUCAGCAUUGUAGACUUGUUCUGGUGUUAGAUUUUCAUCAGCAAUGAUCUUCACAACCAUAUCAAUGAAUUUCUCUGCUGCUUCAUGAUCAGCAGACUUUAAAAUAGUUUAAAAUCUUUGAAAAUUUAAUGCUGUGCCUUUUCUCAAAUUUCUACAACCAGCCUGCUGAAUAUUCACAAUUACCUUCAAUUUUCAGUUUGUUGUGAUAGAUCUUUGCUCAUUUCAUGAUUGGCAUACUGUUAAGUGGCAUACGUUCAGUCCGACACUGACGACCAUUCUUUCAGUACACAGUUGAGAUAUUCAUUUUUCACUUUGGUGUUUUUUCUAAUUUUUGUUAACUUCUGUUCAUUAUAUUUGUGAGGUCACUUCUCAGAACUGUCGGUGGUGAACAGAGAGCUGUGCAUCAUGUCAGCAUUCAAAACAACUUCCCGAAUUCGAACAAAGGGUACACAACCUGGAAUUACAUUUCCCAGUUAUUUAAUUUUAAUGUUUCCAACUUUUGUGAAAUCAGUUUAAAAAAAAGGUAAUUUAACACAAGUAGGGUUGCACAUAUCCCUUGGUUAACAGAUAGUUAUGUUACAGAUAAUUCACAUAGUAUUGUAUAUACUCUGAUUAAUCACAUCUCAGUUCAUGCUACUGCACAUAUUCACCAGUUGAAAGACAUUUUUACAGUUUAUACUUCCAUGGGAACUGGUUUGAAUAUAAUUCCAGAAUAAAAGGAAGCAAAAUACUAUUAAUUGAGUACAGGAUGUAUCACAUUUAAUUGCAAACAAGAGAAAAUCUGUAGAUGCUGGAAAACCAAGCAACGCACAAAAUACUGGAGGAACUCAGGCCAGACGCAGCAUCUAGGAAGACCCUUUGGCAGCACUAGAAAAUAUUGACUGUUUACUCCACCCUCUUCUUCUCUCUUCCCCCCCCCCCAAAGUUUCACUUAUAUCACCUUAUACUUCUCCCUCCCCUCCAUCUACCUCCCAACUCUGACUCCAUCUUUUUCUCUCCAGUCCUGCUGAAGGUUCUUGGCCUGAAAUGUUGACUGUACUCUUUUCCAUAAAUGCUGCCUGGCCUGCUAUGUUCCUCCAGCAUUUGGUGUGUAUUGCUCAUAUUUAACUGGAAUGUUUUGUCUGACAACAUUCACUGGUGUGGGGGGAGGGGUUGAAAUGCUGGGGAAAGCCUUAUUACCUAUUAAUGAAUGAUUUUUUAGCUGUAUCCUUGCUUCCUGAAACUACUUACUCAGUUUGGACUAUCCAUUUUGAGUAAACUGUCCCAAGUUCUACUCAGUCAAACAAACAGGAGAUGCUUUAAAAAAAACAAUGAAGAGCAGUUACCUAAUGUCAAUGUAAAGCCAGAAACCAUUUUCCACAAUACAGUAUCCAUUUAUCCAUUCUCGAAGAAAGUUCAAAAUCAUGGAUGCUCACCCAAUGUGGGAAAAGGAGAAGUUACGAUUCCACAAAACAAGUUAGAUUUGGAUCUAUUGCUGGCCUUGCAUGGAUUUCAAUGCUGAAAUUAAUUUUAUACCAAAAAUUGACAUUUAUACCUUUUUUAAACAUACAAUGAUUUGAGAUGUGGAUUGAGUAAAUCUGAACAACAUGCCUUUUAAGUGAGAUUUAAGAGAAAGAGUAUAUUUAAAUACAACAAAUCAAAGCUUUAAAGGCUUUUGUACACCUCAAUCCUGACCUUUUUUUCAGUCUGUUGUAAGCUCUUGUAUUAUAGAAACAUAAACAGAGCUUGGUUCGAAGUAAUUUUUUGCUAUAUUGACAAAUAAUUACAUGUGGAGGUUGUAGGAACUUCAAAGCACCUUGUUUGUGACAGUUGAUAAUUUUGGCUUAUAAGUGAUGCAGAUACUUCUGGUACAAUUCACUGAGUAAUAAAAAGUGUGGAUUUUGGGCACUAGUCAACAUUUUGUGGAGUUGCAUUAUUUUAAAAUUAAAAUUGUUACUUUGAGUUGUCUGAAGCUAUUCUACAGUGGUGGAACUUUGUCUACAACAGUUACAUUCAUAUUUAUCAAUAAAGAGAAGAAAAUAGUUAUGUUUUUCCUUAUUUUUGGACUCAAAAUACCUUAAGUU